CAAGUUCAAAUGGGAGAGAAGAAUAUGUGCUUUUGAUUUUCAAAACUCCCAUGGAUGGUAGCCAAGAGCUGAGAAACAACAACACCACCACCGAUCUUCCUCCUCCUUCUUCUUCCUCGAUGGCCAACUCAACCCUUUUCUCCGAUCACGAGAUUCCGAUGAUUCCCAACACCACCUUCUCCUCACUCUCCGGCUUCUUCGACUCCGAAGCUGAAAGGGGCUCCUUCCUCGACCUGCUCGGCAACUCGGAGUACGCUUCUCUCUUCGAUUUCGGGACCCAAACGACGCCGUCUGACUCGAUGACGAUGAUGAUGAUGCCACCUCAGCAGCAGAGAGUAGCACAACCGUCGCCGGUGUCGUCUACGGUGCCGGAGAGUGGGACUAACUCUGAGGCUUUGAACUCCGGCGCCACUACUACUGCUCCUACGACGCCCAACUCGUCUUCGAUCUCGUCGUCUUCGAAUGAAGCUCAUGCGGCGAAUAAUAAUGAGGAGCAAACAACGACGAAAACAGUGGAGGAGGAUGAGGAUGCUGACCAAGAUCCCGACAAGACCCAGAAACAAUUGAAACCGAAGAAGAAGAACCAGAAGAGGCAGAGGGAGCCGAGAUUUGCGUUCAUGACGAAGAGCGAGGUCGAUAACCUAGACGACGGGUACAGAUGGCGCAAGUACGGCCAAAAAGCUGUCAAGAACAGCCCUUAUCCAAGGAGCUACUAUCGUUGCACCACAGCUGGUUGCGGUGUGAAGAAGAGGGUCGAGAGGUCCUCCGACGACCCUUCCAUUGUUGUGACGACUUACGAAGGCCAGCACACGCACCCGAGCCCGAUCACUCCUCGCGGCAGCAUGGGGAUGGCGCCGCUGCCUUCGGAGCUGUCCGGUCAUGUGUUCUCUGGGGCUGGUUAUGGUGUAGUUCCUCAUCAUUAUCAGCAGCAGCAGCAACAACAGCAGCAGCAUUUGCACUCUUACAUAUAUAACUCUUCGCCUUCUUUGAACGUUACUACCACCACCUCGUCAGCGCCAUCCUAUGGCUUCAACCCGGCUUCGUUUCCUGGUUUGUUUCAAGAGAGAUAUGGUAACAUUGGUGGUCAUAAUUCCUCUAAUUCGGCUGCUUCUAAUUUGCUUAGAGAUCAUGGACUUCUUCAGGAUAUGCUGCCAUCGCAGAUUCGAAAGGAGACUAAGGAAGAGUAGAAGGGAAAGGGAAGGAAGGAUAUUGAUGAUUGUUUUAUGUGUUGUUAAUUCCUGGUAUGUAAUUCUCUAACUGAUGAUGACCACUUCUCUGUUGGGGUUCAUCUUUAGAAAGACUAAGCACCCGAUCACUGCUAGCUUCAUGCAUGAUCAUGAUCACAUCGAUCGCCAUUUUCGCUCUGUAAAAUUAAUCUGUAGUAUUACUCACUAGCCUUUUGGGGAGACUAGUAGUUUCCGUACUCUAUAUCUUGAGUUAGCUUUUAAUGUUAUUCUUUGUACUUAGAGAUGAUAUAUAUGUAUCUUCAUGGAGUUAUUAAUUAAUUUAUUUAUUAAUGGCUUUUGUAUAUU